CGUUUAAGUCGCCGCCCUGCUAAGACACCUUCUCACAACUGAUACCUCCGGGUACCCUCGUUCGCUCCGUCCUCCAUGGCGAUUAGGGUUUGGCCGCUUCUUCUACUGGCGCUCCUCCUCGUACUAUCGUCGCCGUUCCUCCAAGUUGUUAGAUGCCAAUCAGAUGAGGAUGCUGCCUCAACCAAAGUAGCUGAAGGAAGUGAUGGCGGUAUAGCUGGUGAUGAUACACAAGUAUUCAGUGAUGUGGUGCUGGGUCCAGCUUCUGGAGUCCAUACUGUUUGUGUAUUUCCAAAGAAUGCUGCUAGAUUAGUACUAGCAGGAGAAGAAACUGAGCUACUAGUUGGCUUACAUAAUGAGGGCGAAUCAAUUUUAAAUGUGAUUGCUGUGCAUGCUAGCCUUCAUCUUCCAUUUGAUCACCAUAUGUUUGUGCAGAAUCUAACUCUGCAGGAAUUUUAUAAUGCAUCAGUGCCAGUUUCAGCUCAAGCUACCUUCCCCUAUUUAUUCGCUGUCAGCAAGUUUUUGCAGCCUGGCUCUUUUGAUUUAGUUGGUUCGGUAGUCUAUGAGAUUGAACAACAGGCAUAUCAGAAUAUUUUCUAUAACGGUACCAUUGAAGUAGCUGAGGCCGGUGGUUUUCUAAGUGUUGAGUCAAUAUUUCUUGUGACCCUUGGUCUUGCUCUCAUUGGACUUCUAGGGUUGUGGGCAUAUGGUCAAAUUCGACAAUUCUCAAAGAAAACAAAAAGAUCUCAGAAAGUAGAAGUUGGUACUAAAACCACUGACGCUGAUAUGGACGAGUGGUUACAGGGAACUGCUUAUGCUCAAUCAUUGUCGAGCAAGCCACAGAAAAAAAAGUAAACUGCAGUGUCCAAAUGGUUCAGCAGACAUGUUGUUCAAGCUCAAAUAAUGGUAGAAUGAGGCGGUUCCAGAAAGUUUUCAAUAGUAGUUUAUCAGCAGGUUUUCUCUUUUACUUCAGAUAUUAAGUUUAAAUCUUCGGUUUCUAAACAAACUGUUUAAUUUAGAAACCCGAAUUUUGUUGUGACGGCUAGAUAGACUUUUUGGUUCUGAGUUAACUGCAUUAGGGUUUUCUUCAAGAUCUGUGGCGACUCUUGUCAUCUUCCCGUUCUUGCCCAAUUCGAUGAUAUCUCCUGCGGCUGUAUAUUUAUCGCAGGAGGGUUCACUA